AUGAGCAACGAGUACGAUGACAACCUCGAGUACAUUGACAACCCUGGGUACGAUGACAACCCUGGGUGCGAUGACUUAACCUCAGUCCACGCCUUCGUCCCAAAGUCUUCAGUCCCCACGCCUUCAGUCCACGCCUUCGUCCCAAAGUCUUCUGAUCCCGCCUUCGUCCCAAAGUCUUCCAGUCCCCACGCCUUCAGUCCCACGCUUCGUCCCAAAGUCUUCAGUCCCACGCCUUCGUCCCAAAGUCUUCAGUCCCCGCCUUCAGUCCCACGCUUUCGUCCCAAAGCUUCAGUCCCCGCCUUCAGUCCCACGCCUUCGUCCCAAAGUCUUCCAGUCCCCGCCUUCAGUCCACGCCUUCAGUCCACGCCUUCGUCCCAAAGUCUUCAGUCCCACGCCUUCAGUCCACGCCUUCGUCCCAAGUCUUCAGUCCCCACCUUCAGUCCCGCCUUCGGUCACGCCUUCGUCCCAAAGUCUUCGAUCCCCACGCCUUCAGUCCCACGCCUUCGUCCCAAAGUCUUCAGUCCCCGCCUUCAGUCCACGCCUUCAGUCCCACGCCUUCGUCCCAAAGUCUUCAGUCCCCACGCCUUCAGUCCCACGCCUUCGUCCCAAAGUCUUCAGUCCCCACGCCUUCCAGUCCCCGCCUUCAGUCCCACGCCUUCGUCCCAAAGUCUUCAGUCCCCACGCCUUCAGUCCCACGCCUUCGUCCCAAAGUCUUCAGUCCCCACUAACUGA